AUGUCCAACCUGAACCAGCUCUACCUCCUUGCCGACCACAUCAAGCUAUCCCUUCUCGAGCGCCAGCGCGCCCUGUCGCUUAACCUCGAAGCCGACACCCAGGACGGCCACAUUUCCCGUUCGCUGGACCAGUUCAAAGAUGGCUUGGAAUUCCUAGACUCCGAGGCCAAGCGCCUCCAGGGUGCCGGCGAUGAGAGCGCCGCCCUGAACAUCACCGAUUCCCUGCCUGCCCUCCAGAAGCAGUAUUCCGAGCUCACCUCCCAGUUCCACGGCUUCUCGAACCCGUCCACGUCCUCAACCACAACCUCGCCCAACGACCCAUCCCUUUCCCCGGACUUCGCCGCCGCCCAGUCCACGAAACCCCUCAAGGGCAGCCUCCGAGGUCUUCCCGGCUCUGCCUCCAACAACAAGACCGUCCGCUUCACCGACUCCCCCGGCGGCGGCGCGGCGGCGGCAGAAGACCCCGCGGCCGCGGCCCUCUUCGGUGAGGGCCGGUACCGCGACGACCCGGCCGACACGGCGGGGUACCGCGACCAGGCCGAGGGGCUCGACAAUCAGCAGCUGCACGCGUACCACUCGCAGAUCAUGCGCGACCAGGACGACCACCUCGACCGGCUGGGCGAGUCCAUCGGGCGGCAGAGGGAGCUGAGCAUGCAGAUCGGGGACGAGCUCGACUCGCACGUCGCCAUGCUCGAUGAGGUCGACGAGGUUGUGGACCGGCAUCAAAGUCGGCUUGACCGGGCGCGGAGGUCGCUCGGGAAGGUCGCGCGGGAUGCUGGGGAGAGCAAGCAGAUGAUUGCCAUCAUUGUGCUCAUCAUCAUUCUUAUUCUUCUGAUUGCUGUCUUGAAAUGA